CGUCAUCUAUGUUAUAUAUUUAUCGAAAAUCUAAAAUAAACGACUCGAAAACUUCUUUGAUAGUUAUUAAUAAUAUCAAUAUCGAUAUCAAGAAUUAAAUUCCAUUCUAUCACCAUCCUCAUUCCCACCGAAGCGAUAUAUUUACCAACUCCCCCUCCAACCUCAAAACCAUAAAAGCUAUAAAAUCAUGCCACCCAAACGCCCCCCUAUUCCCCGCCCAACACAUUUCCUCUGCAUUCCAGUCACAACACCCUCCUCACGCGCACAACUCCAAUCCAGCCUUUCCAUAUUCAAAGCCGACGUUAGUGCUUCUUCCACCUUACCCUCAUCACCACCCUCAAAAUCCACACCACCAACCCACCCCCAAAUCCCCUCCUCCGCCAUCCGACCACCCUCAACCCUCCACCUAACCCUCCACAUCCUGAAUCUCUCCACCCCCAGCAAACUCUCCACCGCCAUCAAAAUCCUACAUAGUUUAUUUGACGAGGAUGAUGAACAUCAAAGCCAAAAUCAAAGCCAAAAUCAAAACCAUUCAAGCAAUACCAAUCCAGCACCACAAAGCAAGAAAAGUCCGCGUUCCCUGCGCACCCUCCUCCCUCUCCCCCCACUAACCCUUCACUCACUUAAAUCUAUGCACGGCCCCCACUCAACCAGUAUCCUAUACACCUCUCCCUUAGACCCAGAAAAACAUCUGCAAACCUUUUGUGAAGCAGUCAGGGAGAGAUUUAUAGAUGCUGGGUUUGUGGUUCCCGGAACAGAGAGAGGGGGGAAAGAAAGGGAGAAGGAGAGAGAUCUACUAUUGCAUGCGACGAUAGUGAAUACGAUAUAUAUUCCUCGAGGGUAUGAGCACGAGCACGAGCAUGCUGGCCCGGCUCCGGGUCGGGAGCGGAAGAAUGCGAGAGGAAUCGAAAUCGAGGUCGAGGGAGGAUCUUAUUCUGGGACUCAGACUGGAAAUGAGAGUAAAAUCAAAAAUACCAAAGAAAAAACUCAAAAAUCCCACACACUCCCCAAACCCCCCAACAGACCCCCUCAACCACCCAAGCCCCUCAAGCCCAACAAACCCACCAAACCCAAACCACGUCUAAAAUUCAACGCACGAGAGAUUCUCUCUCGAUAUGCUAAUUUCACAUGGAUGCGCGAUAUGCGGAUUGAGAAAGUGGCGAUAUGUAGGAUGGGGGCUAAGAAAAAGGGAGAUGAGGAUGGGGAUGAGGAGUAUGAGGUGGAGGCUGAGGUGGAGGUACCUUGGGUUUGAGGUUGAGGUGCUUUUCGGGUUUUGGGGUUGGGGUUGGUGAGAUUGUGAGAUUGUGAGAUUGUGGGAAUGUUGGGAGAUGGAGAGGGAGCAAGGGAAAAAGAGACAGAGAGAGAAGGACGGAGCGAGGGAAGAUGGAGAGAGAGAGUGUGUAUGUGUAUGUGUAUGAAAGGGGUAACAAUGGCAAAGGCGUUUCAAAAAAAAAAAGGAGCUAUCUAUAUCUAUAUUUUUGGAGAUAUUGUAGUAACCUUACUUGUACUCUACACAUUUUGCGAAUGAAGGAAAUAGGAGAUAGGAAAUACUAUAUAUAUAGUAUUUCUGUUUA